AUGGCGAAAACCGACGACUCUGGGUGGGCAAGCGCAAGAGCGCCUGUCAGUAACGGCGACCAUGGAGAUUUCGAAAGACCGAAAGGAUGGAAAUACCGCAGCUUGAGAAUCGGACCCAUCAAGCUUCCAUGCUAUGCAUCGCCAGAAUCGCAAUUGAUAUUAGUCUCAUUUGUCUGCUUCUUGUGUCCCGGCAUGUUCAACGCCGUCAAUGGUAUCGGAGCCGCAGGUCUCGACGAUGAUGCACAUGCCAGCAACGCUGCGAAUACUACACUUUAUGCUACCUUUGCAAUCGUCGGUUUCUUCGCUGGCACUAUCACCAAUGUCCUCGGUAUUCGAGUUGCGCUUUCCUUCGGCGGUCUGGGGUAUUGCGUUUACGUCAGUGCAUUGCUUUGCUUCAACAAAACUCAGAACUUGGGCUACGUGGUCUUUUCUGGGUUCUUGUUAGGAUGUUGCGCUGGCAUACUGUGGUCGGCGCAAGGUGCCAUAAUGAUGAGUUAUCCGCCAGAGAAGCAGAAGGGGCGGUAUAUCUCUUUAUUCUGGAUCAUCUUCAACAUGGGUGCUGUUAUUGGUAGCCUGGUCCAGCUUGGGCUGAACUUUGAUACACAAAACGCAGACGGGCCAGCAGCUGUCACUGACCAGACAUACAUCGGCUUUAUGGUCCUCACAUUCCUCGGCGCCUGCCUCUCCUGGACACUCACUGAUGCCAAACACGUCAUACGACGCGACGGCAGCCGAAUUAUCAUGAUGAAACACCCAACUUGGCAGUCCGAGAUCCUGGGUCUUUGGGAGACUCUGCGUACGGAUCCGUAUAUCAUACUCCUCUUUCCGAUGUUCUUCGCUUCGAAUUGGUUCUACACGUACCAGUUUAACGACGUCAACUACGCACGUUUCAAUGUGCGGACGCGCGCACUCAACAAUGCGCUUUAUUGGUUGGCGCAGAUACUCGGAGCUGGUGUGUUUGGAUUUGCACUGGAUUUCCCGAACGUCAGGAGGACUACCAGAGCGAAGAUUGCCUGGGUAGUCAUGCUAUUGUUGACCUUCGCCGUUUGGGGAGGAGGGUACGUAUUCCAACGGCGGUAUCGUCGCGACGAUGAUAGCCACCACUUCGAUUGGACAGACGGCGGGUAUGGCGGCCCAAUGGUGUUGUACAUCAGCUACGGCUUCUACGAUGCGGCAUGGCAGACAUGCGUGUACUGGUUCAUGGGCGCAAUCUCGAACAACAGUCGAAAGCUCGCCAACUUUGCUGGCUUUUACAAGGGCAUUCAAUCAGCUGGCGCAGCUAUCGUGUUCCGCCUAGACGGUUACAAGAGGCCUUACAUGGACAUAUUCCUAUCCAGUUGGGUGUUGUUGGCUGGAAGCUUGAUCGUCGCGCUGCCAGUGAUGCUGUUGAAGAUCAAAGACACGGUGCCGCUUGAGGAGGACUUGAAAUUCACAGACGAGACCGUCGAGGAUGUGCUAGGUAGGAGGGAUGGCUACUUGUUGGAUGAGCCCGAGAAAGCGUAG